GUUUCUUUUUUUUUUUUUUUUUGCAUCCUUCUCUCUCCCCUUUGCACUACUCCGCAGAUGACAAAAGGAGUAAACUUCCUCUACUUUUGCUGGCCUAUUAAGAGGGCUUUUUGGAGAGAUUACGGUAUCAAAGCCUUGCAUCUGUCUACAGUUACUCUGGUGUUUUGAGCGCCUGAAACAGUUCGGGGAGAGCAGGCGAGGGCUAUGUGCAAGAGCACAGAGGUGCUUUGCAUCCUUGCUGUACCUCGCCGGCUGGUUUUGUGUCUUCGGAAAGCUUUGCAUGUGGGAGCACGACCUGAGAGCUUUUCUUUCGGUGUCUUGAGUCAGGAGGAAAGUUUCAGGUCUUGGAAGACCCUCUCUUCUUCCCCUUGGUGGAAAUACCCAUAAAACCCGCCUCUAAAAACCAUUGCGCGACGCAGGGACCGGCGAGAAAAGACCCGUAAUGCCAGGAAUGGUCAGUAAAAACCCAGACCUCGAGUUCGACUCCCUGCAGCCCUGUUUCUACCCGGACGAAGAUGAUUUUUAUUUCUGCGGGCCGGACUCCGCUCCUCCCGGGGAGGACAUCUGGAAAAAGUUUGAGCUGCUGCCCACCCCUCCGUUGUCGCCGAGCCGGGCCGGGCUGCAGGAGCAUCCCCCGGGGGGACCCUCGGUGCCGUGGGGAGGAGCUGCCCUGGGGGGCUGCCGCCCCUCCGACCCCCUGGACUGGGCAUCCGAGCUGCUCCUGCUGCCCCCCGAAGCCGAGCUGUGGGGCGGCUCGGACUCCGGGGACUUCUUCGAGACGGGUCUGGGCGUGAGCCACAACCUCAACUCCAUCAUCAUCCAGGACUGCAUGUGGAGCGGCUUCUCCGCCCGCGAGAAGCUGGAGCGGGCGGUCAGCGAGAAGCUGCAGGGCCGGGCGCCCGCCCCGCCGCCUCCCCCCGCCGCCUCCAGCGCCGGCUCCGUCCCGGAGUGCGUGGACCCCGCCGUGGUCUUCCCUUUCCCCGUCAACAACAAACGGGACGGGGAGGUUCGGGCAGCCCGUACGCCGCGCCCAGCCGGGGACAGCAGGGCGAGCAGCAGCUCCGGGGACGACACCCUCAGCGACUCCGAUGAUGAAGAUGAGGAGGAGGAGGACGAAGAAGAAGAAAUAGAUGUUGUGACAGUGGAGAAAAGACGCUCCGCCUCCAACAAGGCUGUUACCACCCUUACUAUUACAGUGCGUCCUAAAAAUACCACUUUUCCAUCAGUCAGGACACAGCAGAAUGAACUGAUUUUAAAGCGAUGUGCACCAAUUCACCAGCAGCAUAAUUAUGCCGCUCCUUCUCCAUACAUGGAGACCGAAGAUGCUCCACCACAGAAAAAGUUAAAAGCCGAGGUGCCCCGUCCAGUAAAACCUACGAUCCAACCAAAGUCUAAGAGUUCAAGUCCUCGAAACUCUGAUUCAGAGGAUAGUGAACGUCGACGCAACCAUAAUAUCCUGGAGCGUCAACGGCGUAAUGAUCUCCGGUCAAGUUUCCUCACAUUAAGGGACCAUGUUCCAGAACUGGUUAAAAAUGAGAAAGCUGCAAAAGUUGUGAUCUUGAAAAAAGCCACUGAAUAUGUUCAUUCCCUCCAGGCAGAGGAGCAGAAGUUAUUGCUAGAAAAGGAAAAAUUGCAAGCCAGACAACAACAAUUGCUAAAGAAAAUAGAAUAUAAGCGGACUUGCUAAACCUUUUAUUUUUUUGUUUUGUUUGUUUUUGGCUGACCAGGACAGUCGUUGCCACUUUGCACAUUUUUGAUUCUUUAAAAAAAAAAAUUGUGUUUUUGACGUUAAGAAUGUUCGUUUUACUUUCAAUCCAGUCCCUGAAGUAAUCAACAAACUAUAUUAUCCCGGGUACAGAGCAAAUGGAUGUUCUUGCAAGGAGUUUAUUGCAAGAGUAUCAAAAAACAAUGGACUGCCUUUGUUUUUCUCCUCAAGAACUGUAGAUGGUGGGGAUUUUUUUUUUUUUAAAUUGUUGUGAGCAUUUGGAGCUGCUGAUGACAUCUAGUUGAGUUUUGAAACGUUCAUUCCUGAGUUUUAUGGUGCUUAUGUUCUAACAGAUGUUACUUUAGGGGUUGGCAUUUUGUAGCCCUGCGGGAAUUUUCUGUAAAUACCAUCUACACACUUGCCUUUUGUACAUGUCUUGGGUUAUGAGAGGUGGCUUUUGCUGCCAGUAUUAGACUGGAAGUUCAUACCUAAGUACUGUAAUACCUCAAUGUUUGAGGAGCAUGUUUUUGUAUACAAAUAUAUUGUUAAUCUCUGUUAUGUACUGUACUAAUUCUUACAUUGCCUGUAUACUUUAGUAUGAUGCUGAUACAUAACUAAAUUUGAUACUUAUAUUUUCGUAUGAAAAUGAGUUGUGAAAGUUUUGAGUAGAUAUUACUUUAUCACUUUUUUGAACUAAGAAACUUUUGUAAAGAAAUUUACUAUAUAUGCCUUUUCCUAGCCUGUUUCUUCCAGUUAAUGUAUUUGUUAAUGUUUGGUGCAUAGAACUGGGUAACUGCAAAGUUCUGUGUUUAAUUUCUUCCAACGAUGUACAUUUAGUGCUGCGUCUUAUAGCACUUUGAAAUACCUCAUGUUUAUGAAAAUAAAUAGCAAUUACAUAAUGUGCCAUUUACUAUUUUUCUUCUAAAUGAAGUUCUUUUAAAUAAAAUCUUUAACUUUGCAAUGUUCAUGAUGUAAAAAAAAGAUAGUCCCACGU